AUGAUCAGCUUAAGGAUCCUCAAUAAACCCACCAUCUGGGCUGAGCCAGGCUCUGUCAUCACAUCAGGAAGUCCUGUGACCAUCUGGUGCCAGGGGACUCUUGUGGCUGCAAUGUAUAAUCUACGUAAAGUAGGAAGCCGGCCACCCUGGGACAGCCAAACCCCACAGGAAUCCAAUAAGAAGGCCGGGUUCUGUAUACAAUCAGUGGCACAGCAACAUACAGGAAGAUACCAAUGUUACUGUUACAGCUCUGCUGGAUGGACAGAACACAGUGACCCCCUGGACCUGGUGGUGACAGGAUUCUGUAUCAAGCCUGGUCUGUCAACCCUGCCCAGCUCUAUGGUGACCUCAGGAGGGAAACUGAUCCUCCAGUGCAUCUCUUCAUGGAGAUAUGACAAAUUCAUUCUGAUCAAGGACAAUCAGAAAUUCUCCAGCCCCCUGGAUUCACAGGAUAUACACAAUAAAAUGUCCCAGGGUCUGUUCCUUGUUGGCCCUGUGACUUCCAACCAGACUUGGAAAUACACAUGCUAUGGCUAUGACAUGAAAAGCCCACAGGCCAGCUUCCCACUUGCCCGUCUGAGGUCUUCCACUGGAGGCUGGCACAGGUGCUAUGGUACACAGAGACUCUCCUCCCAUUUGGCUGUCCCCAGUGAUGACCUGGACAUACUGAUCACAGGUUCCUCUGUAGACAACAGCACCCCACCCACAGGGCCCAACUCAAGAGCUGGACUGGGAAGUUACCAGAUGAUUCUGAUCGGAGUCUCAGUGGUCUUCCUGCUCUUCCUUCUCAUCUUCCUUCUCCUCCAACGUCGAUGUCUGGAGAAAUGCAGGAAAGAGGAGUCUUUGGAGGUCAUUGAGAAAGUACUGAUCCUGUAUCAGGAGAGUCAGGGCAAGAGGCUGAACAUUGGAGAUUUUCAAACCCAAGAAGCAAAAGGCGGGAAGGACUUGGAUCUUUUCCUUAGCAAUGGACAGCCCAAGGCUUUUAAUGUCCUCAAGAACCAGUUUGAGGAGGUCCAGGAGGGCUGUCCUGGAGGGAUGAGCAAUAAAGAGAUCAUCCACGUAAUGUAUGAAGAUGCAUUUGGAGCACUUCUUGAUGACAAAAAUUGGGGAGUUAUGAGGGCUGAUAGAGGGCUUGAUGUGGCCAAGGUCAAGCUGUUCCUGAACAAGGGAUUUGAGUAUGGAAAGCUUGGGUUCCAGAAUAGGCCACUGCUCAACCCAGAUAGAGUCCGAGGACAGACGACCAAACCUCUAAAGGCCAUAACCUAUGCGGCUGUCCAUCCUACAAGGCACUGUCGCCAAACCUCUGCAAAGCUACAGCCAGAAGGAAAGAAGGCCAUGACCCCCACCUUCACAGCCCUCCUCUGCCUUGGACUGAGUUUGGGCCUCAGGACCCCAGUGCUGGCAGGGACUCUCCCCAAGCCCACGAUUAGGGCUGAGUCAGGCUCUGUUGUCCCCAAAGGGACCCAGGUGACCAUCUCAUGUGAAGGGACCACAGGAGCUGUGGAAUACCGUCUCCAUGGAUUUGGAGAAAGAGAUCCCUGGCAACGACAGACCCCACUGCACCCUGGGAACAAGGCCCACUUCCUCAUCCCAUUCACUGAAUGGCAGCAUGCAACUAGAUAUUUCUGUUACUACCGCACCCCUGCUGGCUGGUCUAAGCACAGUGACUCCCUGGAGCUGGUGGUGACAGGAAUCUACAACAGUAAACCAUGCCUGUCAGCUCUGCCCAGCCCUGUGGUGUCCCCAGGAGAGAACCUGACGCUCCAUUGUGUCUCACAACAAGGAUAUGACAGAUUCAUUGUAACUGAGGAAGGAGAACAGAAUCACUCGAUGUCCCUGGACUCACAGCAUGUAUCCAUUACGAAAUUCCAGGCUCUGUUCCCUGUGGGUCCUGUGACCUCCAGCAGCAAGAGAACCUUCAGAUGUUAUGGCUAUUACAAGAGAGACCCACAGAUGUGGUCAGAACCCAGUGACCCCCUGGAAAUAUACGUCUCAGGUAAGGAAGCCCCAUCAUUCAUGGAAUCAUAUUUAGGCCCUAAGAUCUUUGCCAUGAGCCCCAUUAAUCUCUGGGGAAUACCAGGCAACAGCACCCCACCCACCGGGCCCAUCCUAACAGCUGGACUGGGAAGUUACCAGACAAUUCUGAUUGGGGCCUCAGUGGUCUUCUUCCUGCUCUUCCUCCUCAUCUUCCAUCUCCUCCGAUGGAGGUAUCAGGGCAAAUGCAGGACAGAAGAUGCUUCUGUGAAGAUCCAACAGCCAAAGAGCAGUGUGGAGAAGGACAGUCUGGCUUCUGUGUCUGAGGGUCCCCAGGAUAUGUCCUACGCCCACUUGUGCAUCAUCACACCAGGAAAGGCACAGUUGAGUCUUCUGCCUCCCAAUCCGAGAAGCCCAAGUUGA